ACCGCUGGUCAACCGAGGGGGCAUGGGAUGCUUCUCUAUCGCCUAAAACACCGAUGCGAUAUGAUGACGGCAAGCUUUUGCUAACCUGUCGAGAAGUGUCCAGAGAGCAAAGGACCGAACGCUCCUGAAAGACGCAGCAGAAGGAUGGGGCUUCAUCUCCAAAAGUUCACUGCCUUUUCCUUCCUCUGCGGACCACCCAAAGAGCACAAUGCAUAUAUGGCACAAUCGGGGAGAGAGAGAGGAGAAGGAGCGGUCAGGCAAUUUCAUAAAGGGACAGCGACAGGACUGGUCAGAAGUGUUUGAAGUGUCUUGUCAAGCACAGUCCAGGUUCAAGAUGUGCGUGUAUGGCUGCUUCAUCACCAGCUCGGUGCUGCUUCUCUUGUUGAUGGCAUCAGUGUGUUCGCAAGCCUGCAAUGGACCUUUUAUCCACCCUCCUCGCCUGCUGGUUAGAUAUGGAGAUCCUGCCCAGGCAAACUGCACCACAGAUGAACCAUCCAUGAUGGGAUGGGAAACCCCUGUGGGAGCUACAAGUGGAGAAGGAGUUGCACACCUUGUCUGGACAGUAGCCAAUCUGACUGAAUGGGGUCUGAAAGGUAUACAAUGUUUCACAGUGUCUGAUACAAAGGGACAGUGUCUCGGCGAUCUCAACAUCACAAUAUACAAGCCUCCUACCAGAGUGUCCAUUGAUGUUGUAAAUGACGCUGGUGGGAUUGUUGAGGGGCAUCGUGUCUACCUGGAGUGUGUGAUAGAGGACGUGGCUCCACGUGACCAUGUCAAAGUCACAUGGUUCAAAGGUCAGGAGCUUCUCUCACACGCCCUCAUCAGCAACACCACAGUCCAUGGAGAUGUAGGUACAAAUGUGACGCUGGUAGAAAGCCUGGAGCUCACUGCCAGCAGAGGGGACCACGGAGCCCAGUACAGGUGUGAGGCCGAGCUCGAGCUCGAAGGACUUCAGCCUCAUCCGGUGAAGAGCUCACAGCCCGUUGGGAUUUCUGUGCUUUUUGCUCCUGAGAUCAAGUGUCCAUCAAAGGUCCAGCGGCGAGAGAAUGAGAGACUGCCCAACUGCACAGCUGAGGGCAACCCCUCUGCAGAGGUCACCUGGUUCAAAGGUCACCAGCAGGUGGACUCCCAGUCAGCUCUCAGCAGGGAGGAUGGAGGCCUUUAUACUGUGAAGGCCAAGAACAGUUUCGGAGAUGCCAAUCAAACUGUGGAUGUUGACAUUUUGUACGGCCCUACGAUCACUUGCCCAAGCCCAGGUUAUAAGGCGCAGGUGAAAGAGAACGACAGACUUCCCGAGUGCACAGCCAGCGGCAACCCUUUCCCAGAGGUCAUCUGGUCCAAAGGUGCAAUGGCACAGGUGGAUCCGCAGCUGGCCCUGAGCCGAACCCAGGGAGGCCAGUACACUGUGACAGCCAGGAACAGUGUGGCAACUGUCAAUCAAACUUUGGACAUUGAGAUUUUGUAUGGUCCAGCGAUCGUCUGCCCUCCGAAACUCGAGGUGAGGGAGAAUGAGGCUCUUAGUGGCUGCCUAGUGGAGGGCAAUCCCAGACCCGAGGUCACCUGGUACAAAGGAGACCAUAAAUCAAACCCCCAAUCCCGUAAAUUUGACCCCAUGUCCAAACUUGGCAAAAAGGACGGAGGAAGUUACACGUUGAUUGCUGAAAGCAAGCCUUAUGCUUCAGUCCACGGAACCGUGGAGGUGGUUGUUAUCAGCAAAGGUAAUAUCAUUUCCAUGUCUGCUGGUUGUGUGCUACUGGUGAUGCUGUUCAGUCAAAUAUUUCACUGACUAUGAACGGGAUAUUUGAGUUCCUGAUGGAAUCUACACAUCUUCUGAUUGGCCAAUGGACAAUUAAGUGCCAUCAUUUGACAUCGCAGUCCAAAAUGACGGACUGGACGAAACGGAUUUUACGGAGUACAAUUCUUCUUGGGCCAUUGCACUUUUUUUUAUCAGUUCAUCUCAUUCGUCUGAAAUAUUCUCAACUUCCGGCACAUGGACAUGCAGUCAAAAUCCUAAAUAUUUCAACUAAACAGAAGGCCUUGGACAUUCAAUAAAACAAUCUCUUCACAUAAGCAAGUUUUGUAAAUAACAAUAAGAACACAAAUCCUAAUGCAGUGCCCCAUGUCAACCUAUUCUACUGUUAUUGUAACAAACUUCUCUUUCCUAAGCCUCUGACUGGAAAUAUUAGCUCAAACCUGUCUGAUACUGUUAGGGCUUGUUGACAUUUUGAGUUGACACUUGUUCUUGGUUUGAGAAGACUGCAGAUACACACGCUAACAACCAAGGGCACUAAAAUGCUUUUAUUAUGUUUACAGCACAGAUUAUAUCUUAAGCUGGAGUCCAUAGUGACAAUACGAUAAUAUUCUUGUCUGUUGAUGAAUAGAAAUCUAUAAAAUGUGAUUUAUUUAAAAUGGACAGGCAGAAGUUUGGAAAAGGCACUUUGAGACGGCAGAGGAGUGACUCCAUGAGAGCAUGAUUACGAUAAAGAGGUGUCUUCUUGUAAACAGGAGUUUAGAAACGAUUGGAAUCUUUGUCGGCGGUCAAGUCCCCUGUGGACUUUCCUUCCUCUGACUUGGAGCUCUGUAACACAUAAAGAAAACACGUCAAACUCA